AUGAAUGAUAAUCUAUGUAGAGACUUUGUUGUUUUGAAUAAAUAUUUUCCCGAUGGUUUGAACAAAACUAUACUUGAUUUUGAUGAAAAUUCGGGUUUUAAGAAAUACUGCCCUAAUAAAGAUUCAGGAGGAAAUGAAUGCAAUAAUGAUCUCGAUAAAAUUACGGCUGGAUUUUUAUGGUUACUUGAACAAUGGUAUUCUGCAAUCAUACGUAAAAGUUAUAAUGAAGAUAAUGCUGAUGGAUUUUUUCUAUAUAUGAUUUCAUGGUUUAGUUACAAAUUAAAUCAAAUCACAGAAUACAAAACUACCCCACUAAAUGAUUUUUAUAAUACACGCAUAAAAAAUAACCAUAAAUAUAAUAGUUUUACAAGUCCUGCUUAUACAUUUUCAGAUCUUAAGAAAUUCAUGGAUGAAAAAAAUGAUUUUAUGAAUAUUAGUAUUGAAGAUCUGUCUAAAUUUUAUGAUCCAUUCAAACUAUUAUGUAGUAUGUAUGAUAAUGUUGAAACGAAUAAAGAUGGCGACACACUGUUAAAUAAUGCUAAUGAUUUUGUUAACAAAUGUACAGAGCUUAGCAAUAACCAUAAUAUUGAAGGUAUUGUACGUAGUAAAAUGUUAGCUAUUUUAUCAACUAAUUAUGAUAAUUUUAAAAAAUAUUGUACUAGAAAAGGUGAUAAUUGUAAAGAUAUUUCAUCCCUUCCAGAGAUAGCAACAAGAAUUUCUGCACUAACAUCUAGAGAUAUAUCAUCAAGUUCGUCGAUAGGAAACAAAUUAUUUACAGUUUUAUCGAUAUUUGGUGCAAUAGCAUUUUUUUUAGGAAUUUCGUAUAAGUAUUCAUUAUUUGGAUUUCGGAAACGAGCUCAAAAACAAUAUUUAAAAGAAAAAAUAAAAAAAAUAAAGAAGAGAAUGAAUCAUUAA